UUUUCCCUCUACGUACACCCGCUCCUUAACUUGCUUAAUGAUUCCGCUGAAAUAUCGGCUGAUAUGUAUGCUGACGACUUAUCAAUCAUCAUCAAAGGGCAGUCUCGCGAAGAGGCUAUCCCCAAGGCCAAUCUAGUUCUCCGACAGCUCCAUGAAUGGAGCAUUCAGAACGACCUCCUGGUGAAUCCGUUAAAGUGCGAAGCAGCAUGGUUUACAAUGUCAACACACACUGAAGAUGAUCGCGAUCCAGAUGAUAAACAUAAGCUAAUCUAUAACGGCCAUGUAAUACCCGUGUCAACUAUGGGAUCCACCCAUCUCCCUAAGCUGCUUGGUAUACCACUUGAUCCGCGGCUGUCCUUCAAUACCGCCGCGAACGCCCAGAGUGCUGCCACAUCGACUCGUAUAGCUCAAUUAAAAUGUGUAGCACAUAAAUCGGCCGGACCUCGACCCCAUGACAUGAGAACUUUUGUCAUUGGAUAUGGAUCGUCCAAACUUCUAUAUGGAAGUGAACUUACAUGGGCAUUAAGUGAUGACUCUGCAAAAAAUGUAUUAAUGCGGACCCAAGCAAGUCUUGCUAGAAUAGUCAGUGGAGUUCCAUCCACGACGGACCCUGAAUCUGCUCUACUGGAAGCAAAUAUGAUGCCUCUACAUAUUAUUGCUCUUCGUGCUCGCUUUGCACUAUUUGAGCGAGUACGUGCAUGUUGUAAGGACUGGUAUCAUCGCCCGCCUCCAGAACCUCCUCCGCGUAAAGGUUUUCGAAUAUCGCCCAUAUCACGUCGAGAUCUCUACUCCUUAGUAGACUCUCUCAUGAUGGAAAACGGUAUUAAUCAGCAUAGUACAAGGGAAGUUCGUUUUUUCCAUACAAGCAUUCCGCCGUGGUCAGUGCACCUCGCUUCCAACGUUACCUUUGGUCUCGAAGUUUUCUAUGAUCGUUCUCUUACGGAUGAUAAAGCCAUCACUCAAGCUAAACAGAGCGCGAGUAUGGCCGCUCUUCAAGUUCACGCGUAUCGACGUUGGGUCGUCUCCACAGAUGGAGGUGUUUCCCAUCCUCAGUCGGCAGGAGUAGCACUUCUUUUUCAAUCGUUUGCUAACCUUAGCACCAUUGAUCGCGUCAGCAUUAAUUGUGGUUGUGUUCCUUGCAGUUACAGAACGGAAGCUUCAGCUGUGCUGUUAGCUUUAGAUAAAUUAGUGUUGCCACGAAUAAAGGAGAAGGACAAAACCUUACUAAUUGUAACAGACAGUCAGUCUCUUCUGGCUGCCCUUAAUAAAGGUCCUUUGAGUCAGACGGAUUAUACUGAAGAUCAAAUCUGGACUCGACUCAUCAAGCUUACUCUUAAUGGAUGGUCUAUACAUCUUCAAUUUUGUUAUAGCCACUGCGGUGUAGAAAUGAAUGAAUUAGCAGAUAAAUAUGCAACAAAAUGUAUGGAAACCGGGCAGUAUACGGAAUCGGAUGUGAAACCACUUUGGCACACGGAUCUUGAAACCCUUCUAGUUCGUAGGCUCAAAGAACAAUGGAAAGAAUCACUACGUACGGAUACUCAUCGAUAUAGCCUUUGUGGAGAUCGAUCGGCUGAUUUGAGUGGUACCGACCUUAUUACUGGUAACCUUCUCACUAGAUCAGAACUAGUCCACUUGGCCCGAGCUCGGUGUGGUGAAUCUGAGUUUUUUGGACGCCUUUUCUGGAGUGUGAGGGACUGCUUGCCGACGUGCAGACUGUGCAACCGCACACCAGAACAAUCAGCAGCGCUUUUACGUGAUACUCAAUUGUCAGAAGACAAUACAAACAGUCAAACCUCAUCACUUCAACAAUCUCGAACGGUACCUGGGGUGCCCGUAAAUAGAAGAGAAGAACCAUGUCCAUAUUGCGAUAAGGUCUAUCGUGGUUUUUCUAAUCUUAAACUUCACUGCAAACAACAUCACAGUGAUCAGCCGGCCCCUACCGCUCAACUUAAAUGUGACUUCUGUGACGAAGUAUAUGACAAUCGACGGAGUGCGGCACAGCACCGUAUGCGCUGUGCAUUAAAUCCUAGCGGCCUUCAUUCCCGUAAUAGUGGUCCGAGACGAAGAUCCCAUCUUCCUACUCAUCAACCAUCUACUACGUUAACUCAACAUGGACCAAUGGAAACGCUUCAUCACAUUCUCUAUGAAUGUCCUGAAGCUCGAAGUUUUCUGGACGAACUACAUAUACUGCAGGAUAUACAAGCGGAAAAAUACUCUAUGUGGCAAUUUCUUCACAGUAAGAAGUUACUGACGCUACUGCAACGGCUAUUUGGACUAGUCAUAGAGAAGGAUGGCUACACGCGCAGAUGA